UACACAUUAAAGAAAAACAAGUUGCGCACUCUUUUUAAAUACCCUCUUCUCUCUUUUAUUUUCUUGAUCAACAUCAAGUUCUUGCUUUAGUUUUUCUUGUUUUUCUUUAACUCUAAAAUGCGGAUGAGUUGCAAUGGAUGUCGAGUCUUGCGUAAGGGGUGUAGUGAGAAUUGUAGUAUCAGACCUUGUUUACAAUGGAUCAAGACCCCUGAGUCUCAGGCUAAUGCCACUGUUUUUCUUGCCAAGUUUUACGGCCGUGCUGGGCUCAUGAACCUCAUCAACGCCGGCCCUGAUCAUCUUCGUCCUGCGAUUUUCAGGUCUUUGCUUUACGAGGCAUGCGGCCGGAUUGUUAACCCUAUUUAUGGCUCUGUUGGGCUGUUAUGGUCUGGAAGCUGGCAGCUUUGCCAAGCCGCCGUUGAAUCUGUUUUAAAAGGAAUUCCGGUUACUCCGAUCAACUCUGAAGCGGCUGCCAAUGGCCAUGGACCGCCGUUGAAGGCUUAUGACAUCCGUCACGUUUCCAAAGAUGAAAACUCUGCUGCUUCUAAUGAGCCCAUCCGAGUCAAAACUCGUUGCCGUGUCAGGAGAGCCAUGAAGCCGAAAGCUAGUGAUGGUGGUAUCGGCAUCAACGAAACUAAAAACAGUAAUAGCAAACCGGGUACUGGGUUGACUCGGUCGUUGAGCCAUGAGUCAUCAGUGAGUCACCAGUCCGAGUUGGCAAUGGUGGACGGUGAUAGCAAAGAAACCGAGAGUAUGAUUUCUGUUGAAACGGCGGAGGUUUCGCUGCUGUUCCGAGCCGAGCCGGAGUCAGCCGCCAAGGGCAAUGAGGGGAUUUCUGAAGAUCAUGGCAGUAGCAGUACUGAAAUGGUUGUUGGACUUGGACUGGAGCUGACUCUUGGAUUGGAGCCUGCAUCACGUGCCUCCCACGUGGUUCCGGUGAAGAAGAGAAAAAUUGAGUCGUCUUGUUAUUCCGAUGAUGACACGUGUAAGAUAGAGCUGGGGCUUGACUAUCACUGAUUAACAAUCAGCAGAUAUUAAUUAAAUUAAAGAUGUAAUUAGUGUAAGAAGAAGAAGGUUCAGUUUUGGCGGCUUGGCUCCACAUCGGCUUCUGUCUAGAAGAGAAGCAGUUUUUGUUUAUUUAUUUAUUUUUGUUUGUUUUUGUUUUCACCCUUAAUGGCUAAAAUGUUAGAGAGGUGUACAAAUGUGGUUUGACAGACAUGGUAAAUCAAUAGACAGGGGAACUGUGUUUAUCUUUGA